AUAAAAAUUAUCUUUCACGUGAGGCAAAGAUUAUCUUUCGCAUUAGGCAAAGAUUAUCUUUCGCAUCAGGUGAAGAUUAUCUUUCGCGCCAGAUAACUUUUACAAUGCGCGCUUGUGAAAUUUUGAAUUUUACCUUCGCGAAUCCAAAUAAUUUUAAGCGCCUGGUAGCAUGUGUGGCCACGAAGCUAAACAUCAGAUAACAUUCUCAAAAAACUCGAAUAAGUGAGUACGUCUGUACUGGUGCGCCCUAUCAUUCUGCCUAUAGCGCUUUCAUACAUGUUCUGAUAGAAAUCAUGUCACGAUAUAAUGCCUCAUGUACAUGUGUGUGUACGCGUACUCUGCUCCCUAUCAUCAUAUCUUGAAACGCAUAUGGCACGGAAACGGAAAGCAUUCGAAGAUAUAUUUGGUCAGGAUAAACGUCCCGCGCAUUCUCCUAGGCUACCAGAAAUAUCGGACAUACAGGUUCCCUCUUCCUCUAGACCUAUCACUCCUGUAGUUUCAUUUGACUCGUCUCGUCCUUCAUACUCGCCGGCUUCGACCAACCAUCAGAGAUCUCGCGACGGCCAACGACUUGCAUUCCGAAAUUUCCUUCAACAGAACUCGGAGAUCUUAGCCUGUUCUUCAACGGAUUAUGGUGUACACACGAGCUCUACAAUUGUUCAAGCUGCUCCUCCAGCCUCUGAUCCUUCCACAACCGACGGUCCCACUGCAGACACGGGGAAUAAUUCAGCUCCGGUGUCCAGUAUCAAUCUGGCCUCAAUCAAUUCGAACCCUCAAAAUGACGACUUAGACUACGGCGUGUCGGUCAUGGCUCAAGUCAUUUUGGAUAGAGACUCUCUGGAAUUUAGCCCAUUGAACAUGUCGGAUCUAGAAGUAGUUGUGGAUGCCGCACGGACAACAAUUGAGAACUCCGUUUCUCAGGAUAGUGCACUUGCAGGGCUCUUCAGCGAUCCCAGACUGAAACACCGCUCAAUCAUUGAUGCUUCAAUACGAGGACUGUCGUCGGAAUCGGAAGCAGACGUCAUUCAAACAGUACUUCGCAGAGUUGAGCGGGCCAUAUCAGCCACGUCGUUAGACUUGCGGCAGGAAGCUAAACGCGACGCGGUUCAUCAGGAAGUGGCCGAGGUGAACGCGGUUCUCGAAGAUGUCAAAAACCUGGUUGCAAUCUGGCGCGAGACAUAUGCCGAUAAUAGUCCACUGAGACUCGACAAUACUGGAGCGGCCUCCGAUAUUGUCUCAGACUACACAACGGCCACACUCAUUGCUUACACGCUGGCGCUGACGCUGCGGCUGUUGGAGGGUGUUGGUCGCACAGCCUCUAGUUUUAUGCUCAAAGGGAUGAAAAUUUUCGGAAUGAGUUACGGUCUGCUCCAUCCGGGAGGUACUACCGAUCUACAGAGCAAAACACUUUCUGAUAUACCUGAGGAUAUCCGGCAGCUGGAGCGGAAAUUUAAUUUAGACAUCGAGACAACUAUAUGCAGUCUGUCCACGAUGUAGUUAUACAUAUCCACCGAUCUUUUCCGAUAACUCUCCCAAGCCAACCUAUCCCCCGGAAUGCACCUAUCGGCCAAUGGCCCUCGCAGAACCCUGUAAUGAAUCUUUAUUACUGGACAACGGGAAGCCUAUGAAGUGUUUCGAGGUCUACUCAUUUCUGAAUUGGUUUGGUCGCUUCAUUGCCCUUCCAGGAGUUGCACAAUAUGGUGAUGCUUUUUGCGAGCAGAUUGCUGACGCUCAUCCUCCAGAGGAUAAAGGAAGUGCCUGUGAUGGACGGUUCUACUUUGAGCUAAAGGGCGAUGAUGGAAAAUUCUUUGUGCGCGAGCGAGGGAAGGAAGGUCGUUGGUUCUUCAAGUUUCAUGCCGACUUCUUCAACAUCGAGGGGAAUCUGCAUGGUGGCAAGCACAACUCAACGGGGAUAAUGUCAAUGAGUUGUUUG